AUGACGAUAUCGACAGCUUAUCAAAGUUGUGAUCUGAGCAAAAAGAUCAACGAGGGUGAUGAAGCUGCUCCCUUAGACUCUCGUAUCGGUAAAGAUUCUCCUUUCACCUUUGGCCGAAGAUAUCUUAAAGAUGAAAGCGAAGUUUUCAAUCAUAAUGCAUGGGACCAUGUAGAGUGGGGUGAGAAACAAAUCGAAGAAGCAAAAGAGUUUAUAUCCAAACAGUAUGAGCAUCCAGUGAAAGAUUUCGAAAAAAAGUUAUACAACUCUAACCCGGCUAAAUACUGGGAUAUCUUUUAUAAGAACAACAAAGAAAAUUUUUUUAAGGAUAGGAAAUGGUUGCAGAUAGAAUUUCCUACCUUAUAUAAAAUAACCAGUAAGGAAUGCCAAGACCCCACAACUAUAUUGGAAAUAGGCUGCGGUGCAGGUAACACUUUCUUCCCUAUUCUUGAGCAAAAUCAAAACCAAAAUCUCAAAAUUUUUGGGUGUGAUUAUCUGGCAGUUGCAGUUGACUUAGUGAGGUCCAAUCCAACGUUUCUUGAAAACCAAAAGAGCGGCGUUGCUUAUAGCUCAGUGUGGGAUCUAGCAAAUGAAGAUGGUAUACUCCCUGAAGAUCUUGAACCAAACUCGGUAGAUAUCAUAAUUAUGGUUUUUGUCUUUUCAGCUUUACAUCCAAAUCAAUGGAAUCGGGCAGUAAAUAAUCUAUCAAGAGCUUUAAAACCAGGAGGUGAAAUCUUGUUUAGAGACUAUGGAAGAUACGAUUUAGCGCAGGUGCGGUUUAAAAAAGGAAGAUUACUUGAUGAUAAUUUUUAUAUUAGAGGGGAUGGCACCAGAGUCUAUUUUUUCACUGAAGAUGAACUUAGGAGCAUUUUUUGCGAAGAGGGACCCUUCAAGGAACUCCAAAUCGCAACAGAUAGAAGACUAUUGGUGAAUAGAAAAAAGCAAUUAAAGAUGUAUCGAAAUUGGCUACAAGCAGUUUUCAAAAGUUGA